CCGAGGACAGCAACUCACUACCUCUGUUGCUAUCUGCCAGUGAUUCUGCGCAGCUGGUCCUUUGAAUUUCAUCUGAAACAUUCUGCUACUAUGAAUAAUUUCAGCACCAUGACCAGACCAUUGUAAUACAUAUUAGUUACAUUGUAAUAACACAUGGAUAACUGUUUGCUGCUGCACCUAUAAAUGAGCCGAGACUGUAACUGUAAGCAGCUACAACAGGUGACGUAGCCUCCUGUAGAAUAUAUUUAAUGUAUGCGAUAUGACUGCACCGUAAUCUUUCCGAAUUAUAAUGAAAAAUAAAUAGAAAGAUAGCUGUUGGACUUAUUUAUAUAGAUGAUCUUAGAGGGAUCAUGCUUGGAGGUCGAGUUGUCUUAGCCUCUUUGUCUCUAUUGUCAGCACUGUCCAACAUCUAUUCCUGCUGUGAACUUUUUAUUUAAUUUAUAGUUGAAUCCUAUUUGUAUUUGCACUUAAUCUCAGCUAAAAUGACUUCAUCGUAUAAUGAUGAGACCAGGAGUGACAUAUCGGAAUCUCUGGAAGUCUGUGAAUUCCAGAGACAGUAUGUGGAUUCAGGGGGUUACUACAAAUCCAGAAGCCUGCCCGUUCUUAAUGGUGGCUGUCCGACAGUUAAUGAGAUGUUGGAGCCGAGGCUGGUCAGCACGACACAGACUUUAGUAAAUACUGACCAGUGCUCAGUACUCAGUGAGCUACACCAGAAGAGAGACUCUAGCGAACUGGAAUCACCUACCAGGACAGAUUUCUCCCCUUCCAUGUCCAGCAUGGUGGGUCUUAGUAGCUCUAUGAGAACUGAAGCCAACCGGGCAGGAGGCAAAAAAAUAGGCUUUUCAUUCAUGAGAUUUGUCCGAUUUCCUGCGAGGAAGUACGUUAGGGUGAUUCUCUCGGACUCUAGAUGUUUUCUUUUCUGUAUGUGUUACCUGACAUUCAUCCAGUCGUUGAUGGUCUCGGGCUACCUUAGUAGUGUCAUCACCACCAUAGAGAAAAGAUACAGCCUUAGAAGCUCUGAAUCUGGUCUUCUGGUUAGCUGUUUUGACAUUGGGAGUCUGUUGGUGGUGGUCUUCAUCAGUUAUUUCGGGGGCCGUGGGCAGAGGCCACGGUGGUUGGCGGUAGGUGGGGUAUUUAUCGCCGUGGGAGCAGCUCUGUUCUCCCUUCCACAUUUCAUCUCUCCACCCUAUCAAAUCCAAGAUGUCAACUCCUCCAUGGGAAACAAGAGCCUGUGCAUGAAUGGCAACGGGAGCAGAUGGGAUGGUCUGGAUGUGUCAUCCUGUCCUCGGGACCAGGAGGGCAACGAUCACUCCAUAUAUGUCGCUCUGUUUAUCUGCGCCCAGGUCCUGGUGGGCAUGGGUUCCACACCAAUCUACACGCUGGGACCAACGUACCUGGAUGAUAAUGUGAAAAAGGAGAACGCAUCCCUCUACCUAGCCAUUAUGUAUGUGAUGGGGGCUCUGGGGCCAGCUGCAGGGUACCUGCUGGGAGGAGUUCUGAUUGGCUUCUAUGUGGAUCCCAAAACCAUCAUCAGCAUUGACCAGAGUGAUCCACGCUUUGUUGGCAACUGGUGGAGUGGUUUCCUGCUUUGUGGUUUUGCCAUGCUUUUGGUUAUCUUCCCCAUGUUCACCUUCCCCAAGAAACUGCCCCCUCGUCACAAGAGGAAGAAAAGGCAUGGGGCGGACAACACCUCCAAUGACGACGACAUCCUGAAAGAGAAAUCCAACAGCAAAGGCCAGACUGUCGCGUCCUCUAUGGGCUUUGGCAAAGACAUCAAAGAUCUCCCCAAGGCCGCCAUAAGGAUCCUCAGCAACAUGACAUUCCUGUUUGUGAGCCUUUCCUACACAGCCGAGAGCGCUAUCGUCACUGCUUUCAUCACCUUUAUCCCCAAGUUCAUCGAGUCACAGUUUGGAAUCCCUGCCUCCAAUGCCAGCAUUUACACAGGGGUGAUUAUUGUGCCCAGUGCUGGUGUGGGCAUUGUACUGGGUGGCUACAUCAUAAAGAAACUGAAGCUUGGAGCUCGUGAGUCUGCUAAGCUGGCCAUGAUCUGCAGUGGAGUGUCUCUUCUGUGCUUCUCCACCCUCUUCAUCGUAGGCUGUGAGAGCAUAAACUUGGGCGGCAUCAAUAUCCCUUAUACCACAGGGCCAACGCUGACUCUGACCCAUAGAAACCUGACAGGAGGCUGUAAUGUGAAUUGUGGCUGUCGGAUCAACGAGUAUGCUCCUGUUUGUGGCUCAGAUGGCAUCACGUAUUUUAAUCCCUGCCUGGCAGGAUGCAGCACGGUUGGCAAUGACAGCACCGGGAUCAGAAACUACACCGACUGUGCAUGUGUGCAGAGUAGACAGGUCAUCACCCCUCCUACCAGCGGUCAAGGCAACCAGCUGCAGCUGGUCAUUGUGAAGACCUACCUGAAUGAGAACGGGUUUGCGGUGUCAGGGAAGUGUGAUCGCACCUGCAACACUCUCAUCCCUUUCCUGAUCUUCCUCUUCAUUGUGACGCUCAUCACGGCUUGUGCACAACCCUCUGCCAUAAUUGUCACUCUCAGGUCAGUAGAUGAGCAAGAGAGACCGUUUGCAUUAGGAAUGCAGUUUGUGCUGCUAAGAACUCUUGCCUACAUUCCUACGCCCAUCUACUUUGGUGCAGUGAUUGACACCACCUGUAUGCUCUGGCAACAGGACUGCGGCGUUCAUGGCUCCUGCUGGGAGUAUGAUGUCACUUCCUUCCGCUUUGUGUACUUCGGUCUGGCAGCAAGUCUCAAAUUUGUGGGCUUUAUCUUCAUCUUCCUCACCUGGUACUCGAUUAAAUACAAGGAAGAUCGCCUGGAACGCUGGCAGCAGCAUCUGGCCCCCCUGGGCACUGUUAGCGAACUCAUCUGCCAUGCAGGAGGCCACAAAAGCCAUGCUCGCACACGCUCUUGCCCCGUUUUCACACCCCGUCCCGAACCCCCAGAGCAGCCCUCCCUUAAUCGCGGACACUGCAGCCAGAGCUGCCCUGGAAACGCACUCAAAGCAAUAACCCCGCCCAUCUGCUCCUUCUAGGAAAUGCACACUUGCAUUUGAAGGCACGCACUGACUCUUUGCUCCAUCUGCCUCCACAUGCCUUCCUGUCAGGUGUCCUCCUCCAUACAAGACAGGACUACCGCACAUCCUUUUUUCUGCUUGUCUCCCACGCAGCUUUCAGGAGCUUGCUGCAUACAAACAGAGAAUGUCAUCAAUGAAAACCCACAGCAAAUACAAAUCACGUCAAAUUAAAGGUGCACUCAGUAAUUUUGUCUUUAUGUUUUGCUGAUACUGAGAUGUAGAUGCUAGGUUUUCAGUUACCGAUGCCACUGUAGAAGGGUGUUUCUUCAGCAUCGGGCACUGUCAUGUCCAUGGGGUUGUUUUAUAUUAAGGCAAACAGAUUUCUUAGAUAACCUAUUUUCUUAUUGUUAUUUGAAGGUUACAUUAAAACUGAUUUGGAAACUUUUUA